AUGUCUGAACAUUGGACUACUAAAUAAAUUGACAAAUACAUUAUUGUCAAUAAGAAAUUAGGAAGUGGAGCCUUUGGAACAGUCUUUAGAGGUUUUAAGAAAAAUGAUGAAACCAAACAAGUAGCAGUGAAGGCAAUUUCAAUAGCAGUAUGAAUAUGUGAAUAGUCGUAUAGAGUAUCAAGGAUUCUUCUAAGAUGGUGGAACAUAUCAAAAGAGAAAUUUCAAUUUUAUAAUCAGCUAAUAAUCCUCACAUUGUAAAAUUAUAUGAUGUUGCUCGAACACCCCAUUAUUUGUAUUUAUUCUUGGAAUAUUGUCAUGAUGGAGAUUUAAAAAAGUAUUUGUCAACUAAAUAUGGGAGAAGACUCAGCGAAGUAUUAUUGUAUUUACUUUGAUCAGGUUGAAGCAGUAAUUUUCUUGAAGCAUCUUGUUGAAGGAUUCCGAACACUUUACCAACUUAAAAUAAUACAUAGAGACAUAAAGCCAGCCAACAUAUUAUUGCAUAAAGGAGUUGCUAAAAUUACAGAUUUUGGUUUUGCUAGAGUUAUUGAUACUGGAAUGAAUGGUAAUUCAUAUCUCUAUUAAUAAUAGAUCCUGCUUAUUUCUCAAGAGUUGGAUCUCCUUUAUACAUGGCUCCGCAAAUUCUGGAAGGUUAGCCCUUUUCAUCGAAAUGUGAUGUUUGGUCUAUGGGCAUUAUGUUGUUCGAGAUGCUCUAUGGCAAACCCCCAUGGGAUGGAGAUAGUCAAUAUAAUCUAUUGCAAAAUAUAAAGAAAAAUGCCUUAUUGAUCCCAGAUGCUCCUGUUAGAAGUGAUAAGAUAAAGCAAUUGCUAAGACAGAUGUUGGUUGUGUCAGAGAAAGUAACUUAAUCUUCGCUAUAAAUAGGAUAGGUUCUCAUGGGAACAAAUCUUUCAUCAUGAGAUUAUUCAGAUCUAAGAAGCAUAAAUAAAGAAUAAUUUAGAGCAGUUGAUGAAAGAAAAGGAUGAAUUAUCUCGAUCUGAGAGUUUGAACAAAUUGUAUAUGGAAAUGAAUUUAGUUGUCGGAUAUCUCGAUUAACCUGAAUAGGUCGUUCAAGAACCUUCUUCUCCUUAAACUGCUUAGAGUGAUGAUGGAAAAUAGUCAAUUGAUGAUAUUAAUAAUGAAAAAGUAUUCCGUGUGUCAUUAUUAGGGAUUACAAAUAAUCAAUCAAUACGACACUGAGCAAAAAAGACGCAAGGCCAUGCUGAAAUACAAUACGUACUUUUUAUUUGAAAGAAAUAUUGCAUUCUUUUUUAAUUAUGUCAUCCAAAAGGUAAUUAAGAUGUCACAUCAAGGAAUUUUGAAAUUGACUUAGGAACUCUAUUAUACGACUAUAUUUUGUAUCUCCAAAAACUAAAAUGUGCAUCUCAAACGAAUGUCUGAUUAAUUAAUGUCCAAGAACCCAGAAAAAUUUGAUAGAGAGACUUGGGGAAGAUAUUUAAUCAGCCAGGAAUAUAAGAAGAUACUGACAGUCACCAAAAAUGAUAUCAAACAUACAGAAGAUUUUUAUUUAGAAAUUUACAAGAAGGAAAAAUAAAUAAUUGAAAAGGAAUUAGCGUAACCUGAUAAUAAAAGAGCUACGAAGAUUAAGUAAGUCUUGGAUGUUAAUUUUGAUUAAAACACGUACUUUUAAUAAUUGUACUAAUAAGUAGUAUAAGAAAGUUUAGAAACUAUUAAAAUUAUGAUCAAACAAACAAAAGAAACUGACUCUUCUUAUAAAGAUUUACUUUAGUUAGGGUGGUUUUUCGUUAUCUGCUUAAAUCCAUAUUUAGAAUUUAAAGACAUAAACAUGGAUUUUAACUAAUUUUAUGAAGAGAUGUAGACAUUAACAGAAGUCUAACUUCAAGAAAAAAUAGGGAAGCGUUUAGAUUUAUGA